GGCGGCGGGGCGGGGUACAAACAGCGCUCGGGUGUUAGGCCGGGUUCCUCGGGUUUGGUGGGGUGCCGUGGUGCGGUUCCGGCCCGUGGGGGUCUGGCCGGGCCGGAACGAUGGGGCCAGCCGUGGUGGGACAGCCGUGACGGGACCGGCCGCAGCAGCACUGCUCGGAGCUUUGCUGUGUGCAGAGCUUCACAGGCUAAUAGAGACAACGAGCGCCCAAAUGUGUAAUAACCCCAAGGCCCAGUGAGAGAGCAGGGAGUCGCGUGUGUGGGCAAGGCUGAGGAAGAACACCGGGUUUAACACGGAUAUCGCAGCUGGCUCCACGCGGAAACUCCCGUGUGAGAAACCAAAGGGGAGAGCGGAGGAGCACAGCAGGCGGAGCGGAUGGAGAAACGCAGUGCCGGGUCUGCAGGAAGGCAGCUCCGGGAGCAGCACGGGGCGGCGGGGAUGCAGCAGCGGGGCAUCCCGGACGGGGCCACGCCGACUGUGCCGGAAGGGGCAGGUGCGGUGUGGGGGCUGCGCCGAAGCGAAUCCCCUCGGGGCAGAAUCCCGUCCGGACCUCGGACCGCCUCACCCGCGCUGUGCUCCGUGCGGGCCGCAGCGCUGCCCCGAGGAGAACGGAGCUGUGAGCCCGGAGCGGGAGCAGCACGCUCACACGGAGCGCUCACACGAGCACCCGCCCCGCAGCGCCGGGGGCAGGACCCGGGCGUGCGCAGCCGCGGAGGCUGAGGGCGGUGCGGCCCCGCCCGGCGGAGCUGCUGCUGCUCUCGGCCUCAUGCCCGGCCGCCCCCGGAGCCCCUUCGCGGCGCGGCCCAGCCGGGCGGAAACAGUAGACCUCUAUUUGCCAGAAACUUGAAAUCCACUGAUAGUGGAUUGCAACUUAAUAGCUCUACAAAGGGGCAACUGAGUGCAAGACAUGGUGCAAAGGAAGUGCUAUGUACUGCCCAGCCCGAUGUAACCAGAGGAAGCCUUUGUACAGCCCGGGGGUGAAAAAGCCAAACUACACGGUGUAGCUCUCAGACGUGUUUUCUUCCACCACCAGCUUUCCCUGGGAAAAUGGAUGGCAGAAUUGUUCUUUCCCAUCAGCAAACAAACAAGCUGUAUGGCUGCUCCUGAUUUAGUUCUCAGCAUUGGAAAGGCAGCACGAGAGGAAACCAUACCUAGCACAAGGAGCUGGGACACUGCUUUAUAAUUCUUCUCUUAUUUUUGGCAGCGGCUCCCGCCUGGGAAACUGGAUCAUGGAGUUGCUAUGAAGUGCCCUGGACCUCCAGAGAGCUUGAGACUUGCCUGCUUCCUGGAAAAUGCCUUAGUCAGAGAGGCUAGGGUUUGGAAAGCGCCCGUUUUCCAGAAUCUGAUCCUGAAGGGUACAGAUAUCUCUCCCUCCUGUUAUGAGAAAACGAUUCUCUGGAUUGCAGAAAUAAGCUCCCAGCUCCAGUUUCACCCUGAAACAUUUGCUUUAUCUAUCAGCAUCCUUAACCGGUUGUUGGCAUCAGUAAAGGCUCGAUUAAAAUAUCUCCAGUGCAUAGCAACUUCCUGCCUUCUCCUUGCAGCAAAAACCAGCGAAGAAGAUGAGGUAAUACCAUCGGUGAAGAUGCUUGCAGUGCAGAGUGGCUGUAAACGCUCUCCAGCUGAGAUCUUGAGAAUGGAAAGAAUUAUACUAGAUAAGCUUCACUGGGAUCUUUACACAGCAACACCAAUGGAUUUCUUAAACAUUUUCCACGCCAUGGUGAUGUCCAACUGGCCCCAUCUACUAAACGGGCUGCCUCAGACGAAUCCUUCCCGCCACGUUGCAUUCUUGACCAAACAGCUACAGCACUGUAUGGCAUGCCACCAACUAGUGCAGUUUAAGGGCUCCACAUUGGCUUUGGUGAUCAUCACCUUAGAGUUGGAGAGGCAGACUCCUGAUUGGUUUCCUGUUAUUACUGAUCUGCUAAAGAAAGCACAGGUUACUAGCACUGAAUUCAUGCACUGCAAAGAGCUUGUGGAUCAAGAGCUAAUGCACUUUCAGCCAUCCAAUGCCAUCUAUAUUUUUUGUCCCAUCAGUCAAGCCAUCCAGGGCGAUGCUGAGGCAAAGUUACCCUACCAUUACCCUUCUGAAUUGAAGAAUUCUCAUCAAGUGAGGCUGCAGGUGACUGUAAGCCAGCCAGUUUCAGCAGCAGUCAUGUCUGCUGCAGCCCAAACUCCUGAUGGCACCAUGGAGACAGAUGAAUAUUAUGAUGGAUUCAGAUACCUGUACAGUGAGGACAGGGGAGCGGAUGGAGGGAGGGGGCACAUGGGUGGCUUGUGCCCUCAGCUGAGGUCUGGAGGACCUCAUGCCUCCCCAUGUCCUCCCCUACAGCCACCUGGAAGGGACUAGUGGAGACCAUCGUGCCUUGGAAGCAGUAUUUCAGUACUGGUAGGUCGUAGCAAACAGGACAGUGAACACAACAGUGUAAGAGUGCUGCUGUGUUUUUCAGAGGACAAUGACAAAAUGGUGUUAUUUUCCUAUGCUUUGUCUUUUCUAAGUAGUUUGCUCCACUUUUAACACCACGUAAAUACAGAAAGCUGGGGAGAGGAGGGACUCGGUCACAAUCCUACAACUCAGGGAUCAGCUUGGCAGAAGGCUAAGAGCUGUGCCACAGAGCACCAAAUGUCUCAGCUUAUUUUUUAAAAAGGCCAUGAUUAAGUGCUCUCUUAUUAGAACUAACCUGACUUGUUCUACAGUAGAGUGAAACAAGAGCUGCUUUCGAGGAAGGGGGAGCUCCCAGUGCUGAGUCUGUAAGAUUAGUCCUCAGGUGGGACCGAAGUUUUGAUUUCAUAGUGAGAAGGCCACGAGCCAAACCAUCUAGUUUUUGUUAAGGCCUUACCGUGGAUCCAAGGUUUGGGCUCCAUGCUGGGUUAAGCCACUAAAGACCCGCUCCAGGUUCCUACAAGCCGUGGGAAAUCACUUCUUGUCUGCAGCCAGCACUGCCUUAAGCUCUCACUGACCAGUUUAGGCCAUUCACGGGGGUGUUUUUUCUGCCUCAACAGACUGGACAAUGCAAAAUGCCUUCAACUGUUUUCUCACCACUAUGAUGACAGUUUUUGUUUGCUGUUAAUCUCCAAGGCAAAGCAGGUUUACAAAUUACCUAGGUCAGUUUAAGCUUCUGUUGCACUUUUAAAACCAACCUUAGGCAUUCUUUUAAAGUAUGUGGGGAAUUUUUUUAUUUUUUUUUUGCUAUUUGUUUUAUACCACAGGGCCAGCAUUUUCAGGUGAUCAUUGUACUAGUUUGAAAGUGCAAUCCAGGCAGUACUGGAUGAAUAGCAAUACCAUACCUGCAAGUCCUGCCACAGAACGGGAAAGGUCUUCAUGUAGAGCAGCACAGGCUAAAUGCCGAGCGGGUGUCUUAGUUAAUGAUACAGGAUAAAUAAAUAGGGAACAGGGAUAAGAUAGGAGCAAGGAAAUCCUUGUGCUGCCUGUCAGCUGCACUCUUCAAUGCAGGAACAAAGUUUCUUUCCCUUGCUCCUCAUCUUACCUUGGAGGAGAGGAAUUCCUGAACUGCGAGCGUUGCGGGAGCGAUGUCCUGAGCAGCUCUGUUAACAGAUAAAGCUUUCCAAAGUUUUACAUUUAAAUUUUGCCAGAGCUAGCGCUAGGGGAAAAAAAAAUAAACGUUGUAUGUGUGCAGGGAGAAAGUCAAGUUUUCCUUUUAUACUGCAAAGAAAGCAGUGCCUAAAUGAUCCAGAAAUAAAUAUUUAGUACUGGAGACUCAGUGCAAAUGAUGUGUGAGCAGGUGGCACUCAAAUUGGUGCUGAAAGCAAAGGAGGCCCACAAGGCAAGUCACAGGUACCGGGGUACCACUGAUGGAGUGCUGAGCUGCAGGGGGAGCACGGCCCUGUGCCAUGCACAGGGACAGGGCUCAGCUCAGCCCUGGAGCCCAGACACGGUUUACAAGGUGUCCCGGGGACUGGGCGGUGGCAUUCUUGUGAUACAUUAUUUACUAAACCUACCUCUGGACCAUAGGGAAGGUUUUCUUUUUGUGGUAGGGCUCUUCCCUUCCCGCACUGUGCCGCUUGCCAGCACAAGCUGUGACUGAAAUGCCUGACUUUUGGAAGGAGGCAAGUUGUCUUUUGUAGUUUACUUCCAAUAAAAUACAGUUUCAGUCUGC